ACUACGCACCCUCAGGUGCAGCCGGGGACUGGGACUUCUCCCCAUCCCCAUGGACUGCCCCUUAUGGGCUCUGGUUUGGCCCCUCCCCCCUCCCAUGUUUGUUGUUUUUGUUGUCUCACCCUAGUCCCUUUGUUAUUGUGUCUUGUCUGCCCUUGAUUUUGUUUUCUUUGUUUUGUCUUGUCCUGUCUGUCUCCCAGUCUGUCUUGUCUCGUCCGUCUACCCUUUGGUGAGCACCUGGAGGUGCUCAUUAAAGGGGGGGCUUCUGUCAUGGCUCUGCUUCCUUAGUCAUGUUUUUCUUGGUCCUGUAGCAGAGCCAUGGCAAAGCCUUAGGUUUUAUGUGAGAAGACCAUGAGAUGUUUGUUUUUUGACAUCUCAUGUGUUUUCUCAGGUCUUGUCAUUGGUCCCGCCCCUCUCGUUUCCUGUAAUGUCUCCCUCUUGUCUUAUGUUCUACACCUGCCCCUGCUCGUUAUCCCUCAUUUGUCUUCUUUAUUUAUACCCUCAUGUUUCUUUGUCUUGUGCCUUCGGAUUGCGUUGUGUAUGUGCUUGUCGGAGUGUAUGCCUUGUCUUCCCGUGUCCUUACCUGUGUUACAGUUUUUAUUCUCGUGUUCCCGCUGUCCAGAUCGUGUUUGUUCCAGUAAGUGUGUAGUUUAGUUCUUUUCCAGUGUCAUGUCAGUUUAUUUGUUAGUUAGUCUAUGUUAUCCCUGUCUUUAAUUUUAUACCCCAUCGUGGGUUUUUGAUUUGUGUUUUUUUGUUUAUAAUAAAGCUCUUUGUUAACCCCUUCACCUCUGCCUGCCUGCAUUUGGGUUCUUCUCCUGCCACAGUUCGUGACAGCGAUCCACAUAUGUGCAGAAAGCGAUCUACAAAUAAAUGCCAUUAAAAUAAAUUUGUAAAUAUUUUUUAUUUGCAAAUCUCAUUGUAUUUAUUUGUGAAUUCCAUUUCUUUUUGUGGAACGUCUAACAUAUAUUUAUGGUUCGCUUUUUGAGCAUAUGUGGAUUUAAAAAAUGUUUGUGAAACUCUCGAUAUUUAUUUGCGGAUCAUAGUUUAUUUAUUCAGAAUAUUGCAACAAUUCUGAUCCCAUAAAACUAUGAGUCACACGUCUUUCGCACUACACCACCGAAGCUGCUGAUACAGUCCCUGCGUCAAAUCUCGGGAUUGUUUGUCUUAUUGCAGACAUUUGUGCAGUAGAUAAUCAAACAUUACAGGCAUUUUACAAGUGACAGCGUUUGGUUUAUUCAGACCAGUGCAUAGAAAAGUAGCAGUCACACUGUCCAACUUUAAUAUACAUUGAAAUGAAAAUACGUAAUAAAGAAUUGAAAUAUAAUAAAAGAGGUAACUUACAUUAAAAAUUAAAAAGUAGCUCACUGUACAGUCUGAAUACUGCAGCAGCAUACUAUUUAACUCUGUGAAAGCAAACAGUCGUCCAUAGGAACGUCAAAAUGAACGAAUGUUAACUUUCACGGAGUUAUUUUUCUUCCGCUUGUGAUCAAGCAGUCUGUUUAAUAAACGUGUUGCAUGAUUCACACUGGUAUCAUACGAUUCCUUAACCAAUUUUGUGUGUGGCUCUGGAAUGACUGGAGAUGGAAAGCACAACAGACACCGAUCUAGAGUGCUUAAAGCUAAAAUCUUUAAAAACGGACAAGACGUUUGUAGUACCGCAGAGUGAACGGUUGGGAAAAUGCCGGAGUGUGAAAGAAUUUGAGAAGAUGAAUCGCAUUGGAGAGGGAACAUAUGGCAUAGUGUACCGAGCACGUGAUACAAGAACAAAUGAAAUAGUUGCACUAAAGAAAGUGCGAAUGGACAAGGAGAAAGAUGGGAUUCCCAUCAGCAGUUUACGGGAAAUCAACCUUCUUCUCCGACUGAGACACCCAAACAUUGUGGAGCUAAAGGAAGUGGUGGUUGGAAGCCAUUUGGAAAGCCUGUUUCUGGUGAUGAGUUACUGUGAGCAGGAUUUGGCCAGUCUGCUGGAGAACAUGCAGUCACCAUUCUCUGAAGCUCAGGUAAAAUGUAUAGUUCUUCAGCUGCUUAAAGGACUGGAAUAUUUACAUCAAAACUUCAUUCUUCACAGGGAUUUGAAAGUUUCCAAUCUGUUGAUGACAGACAAGGGCUGUGUUAAGAUAGCUGAUUUCGGUCUGGCCCGUGUUUAUGGAAUUCCAUUACAGCCUAUGACUCCUCGAGUAGUCACGCUGUGGUAUCGGGCACCAGAGCUCCUCCUAGGGACCAAGACACAAACCGCUGCUCUGGAUAUGUGGGCAGUUGGGUGCAUCUUUGCAGAGCUUCUUGCCCAUAAACCUCUUCUGCCUGGAGCAUCAGAGAUCCAGCAGGUGGAUUUGAUCGUACAGCUCCUGGGAACACCCAGUGAGAACAUCUGGCCGGGCUUCUCACGUCUGCCGUUGGUCGGCCAGUACAGUCUUAGGAAGCAACCCUACAAUAACUUGAAGAACAAGUUCACAUGGUUAUCAGAAGCUGGUCUGAGACUGCUCAAUCUUCUGUUCAUGUACAACCCACAACGCAGAGCCACAGCUAAAGAAUGUUUAGAAAGCUCCUACUUCAAGGAAAAGCCUUUGCCGUGUGAACCGGAGCUGAUGCCCACAUUCCCUCAUCACAGGAACAAACGUGCUGGUCCUGCAGCUGAAAGCCAGUCUAAACGGAGCAAAAUAUGAAACCAUUCUGCUGCCUGAUAAAUGUGUUUAUCAUGUGUUUAUACUGAAUGUUUUUGUACAGGUUACAAAUGAAAUGUGACUUAAAUUGUACAUAGAUUCAAAAAGUGUGUGAAGAGUUAUUUUUGUGUUUUCAAAAGUUAAAUCACAAAAAUAAAGUAUAUUUUUGUUUACAGAUGAUUCCGUAGCAAUUAUUUGACAAUGUUUAGGAUCAUUUUACCAUUUCUACAUUAGCUAAAGGAUCAAUAACAUGAAAAUGUAUUGGCUUUUUGUACCAAAAAUAAGCAACUAGCAGUGUUGAUAUAAAUGUUACCUAUUUUUGUUCCCAGGAGUCUCAUGUUCUGCCAGCUACAGGAAGUGCAACAGUGCCUGCUUUUAUACAACGAUCAAAUCCAAAAUAUAAUUUGGGGUAAAAGCAUUCGUAAAAUGCAUUGAAGCUGCACUAU